ACUGACAUUGAUGUUAUAGGUAGAAACAAAGUCUGCUGCAACAUUUUAUCUUCAUUUUUUCCUGUGUUUGUUGAAAGUUCAGACGUUAACUCUCAUCAGACUAUAUAAGACUAGCCUGGAUUUCCACAAUUAGUUUUUCUUGCAAAACUCCGUUGCAGUUUCUCCAGCAUGCGUGCAGCGGUGAUACUGGCCAUCUUGGCUGUUAUGGCAGCCAUAGUUGUGGCUGAGGAAGACUACGCUGCGUACUUCAAGGACGAUGUCAAGAUGAAGACAGCCAUGGAGUGUUUGCUGGACAAGGCUCCGUGUGGGAAACUCCAAGGAUUGAGAAUCCGAAAGGCAUUUGGAAUUAGACCUGUACCUGGGCACGUGUAUUGCUCAGCGGUGCGCAUCAUGGAGCUCUUGUAUUGUGCCGGGGACUGGGCAGCCGAGGCAAAGACAAAUGCAACACAAAAGCUAUAGACAAGUUCCCCAAAAUGAUAAAAGACGACUGUGGCACCUGCACACCGGUUCAGAAGACCAAGUACGACGUAGUGAAGAAACUUCUCCAGGAACACCAUCCUCAGUACUACAAGGCUUUGAAAACCAAAUAUUCGACAUGAUGUUAUAGCGAUGAAUAUUUUAAUAAACUGUUCCCUUUGUA